UUUCUCUUUCAUUAUGUGACUUCAGAAUUGCUGUUCUUUCACCAAAGUUUUUGCUCCUUCGAAACCCUGGCUGCGCUUCUUUCACUUCGUUUCUAAAAGCCUAUGUUCUGUGCUUCGUCCUUAUUAUGAGAAAAUAAGAGAAAUUGAUCAGUUACUGGAAGUUUCUUAAGUGGCAAACACCAUCGAAAUAGUAUUUCAAGAAGUACAAUCAAAUACGUUAGGACGUUAGCGAUGGGUGGUAACAAGCAAAGGCGUAAAACCCAUCACCUCUCUCAUCGAGGAGAAUCCAGCCGCACCCGUCAACCUGUUGAUUCUCUCAGGGUUGAAGAGUCUUUACCCGCAGAACUUGUGGAAGAAGAGGAACCAACAGGACCAAGAGUUCAGCUGGCUAUGUGGGAUUUUGGUCAGUGCGAUGCUAAAAGGUGCACUGGACGGAAGCUUGCAAGAUUUGGUUUGUUGAAAGAGCUGCGCGUUGGUACUGGAUUUGGCGGCAUUUGUUUAAGUCCCACUGGAUCACAGUGUAUCUCAAGAGAAGAUAGUAGUUUACUUGAUCGAAGGGGGUUAGCUGUAGUCGAUUGCUCAUGGGCUCGCUUGGAUGAUGUACCUUUCACAAAACUACGUUGUGCUGCUCCUCGUCUAUUACCAUGGUUGGUAGCAGCAAAUCCAGUAAACUAUGGUCGUCCGUGUGAGCUAUCUUGUGUCGAGGCUUUAGCAGCAGGUUUAAUUAUUUGCGGUGAGGAGGAAACUGGAAACCUACUGCUCAGCAAGUUCAAAUGGGGUCAUGCAUUCUUGUCCCUAAAUAAAGAACUUUUGAAGGCAUACUCAGGAUGUAAGACGAGUGCUGAUAUUGUUUCAACUCAGAACGAGUGGCUUUCCUCACAAACCUCAAAUAUUCCUCAAACUAUAAAAGCAGAAGACACUGGAUCUCACAGUGAAGGUGAAAAUUCUUCCAAUGAUUCGGACGAUGGACUUCCUCCUUUGGAGAAGAAUAUGAAUCAUCUUGACGUGGUGGACAGCGAUGAAGAGAGUGAAUAGCAUACUUUUUUUUUUUUUUCCUUCAGAAAAUGGAAAAUAUAGGUAGUAGCAGCAAUAAGAGAAAAUGUUUGAUGUAUUAAUAUAGCAGAAUCCUCUAUUCACUGUAUUCUUCUGUUAGAAUGUGGAGAGUAUUGUUUCCCAAGAUAUCGUUGUUUAAAACAAAACACCUGGGUUUAGUUAUGGGAUCAUCUUUACCAAAGUAACACUAGUUACAUGAUCCUAGUAGUUCAUCAAUCUUACAUAAGUGACAUAAGGUAGAAGGGGAGAAACUUUCUUUGUACUUGACUGGGCAUUUCUACUUUUUCUAUUGUUUAAUUUAUGCAAUGAGAAGUUUUACCGUCUACAAGUUAUUUAUUUCCUA